AUGUCGUCCUUCUGUUCCUACAUUCUCCUUGAUGAGGAUAAUGAGAGCUGGAACAAUGACGAUAGCGAUAUCGAGCUCCUCGAUUAUGCUUCAGACACCGAAUCCGACUUUGAGAUAGUCGCGACUAAUUCUCGCGAGACAUCUGCUACACCGUCCAGCGCCACCUCCAACAACAGACAAGCCUGGGCGCACGACCCUCUGUCCAACGAUGUUACUGCUCUGCCAGAUAUCGCGAUCCAGCGGUACAAGCUGAACACAGGCAUUGUGAUCAAACCUGGCGAUACGGUAGAGCUAAAGGAUCAGUCAGUACAAGAACAGGAGGCCAUGCAUAGUGGCGAUUUCCUUCGCAUCAAGAUCAUCAUCAUGGAUAUGCAGACAGAUCAAGUCCGUCUUCGAGGGUAUCGACUGCGCCGGACCAAGUAUCUUGGUCAAAUAUUUGAUUGGAGAUUGAACGAGCUUGGGAUGGUUCUGCGUCUUGACGAAGAUGACACCCGUUCGCCUUUUGUCGCCGGUAUAGAAGACAUAGACAUCGGAGAGGUCCUACGAUUGCGCGAGUGCACGCUCACUAACAAGCCGUACCCUUUUCUGAGCUUUCGAACCGAUGGCCGCGUUGCAUACCCUAAGUGUAUGAGUAACGACGAUAUAAAGCGGCAAAUCUUUCACGGAGGUCGACUGACCUGCCGUGUCGUUAACAUACUCUACAUUAGUAGAGGCAGGAACAAGCCAUAUGGUGGUAUCGUUCGUCAUCUAUAUACCCACGAGGCAGACGCGAAUAAGCUGCCAGACCACACCUCAGAUGCCGGCCUGUCUCGCGAGACAUCAAUCUUCGUGAAAGAUGUAGAAGAAGACGAUUGUGUUCUCGUGAGCAAGGAGCCAUAUUCAAGAAAGCGCCGUGCUCGCAACGGCUCUUUUGACUUUGAGGUGCUCGAACAAGAGCCGCCAAAGCGGAAGACCGAGCAUCCCCUGAAGCAGGGCUAUCUGACCUUCGGUGACGUGUUCUGUGGAGCUGGAGGUGCAUCUCAAGGCGCUGCCCAGGCCGGUUAUUAUGUCCAAUGGGGUCUCGACAGUGAUAAACGCGCCAUGGAGUCGUACAGCCUGAACCAUCCUAGUGCGUAUGCAUUGAAGAUGAAUGCACAUAACUUCCCUCCCAAGGGUAUCAGCAAAGAGAAUUGGAAAGUCGACGUCCUUCAUCUCUCGCCGCCAUGCUGUUAUUGGAGUCCCGCGCAUACCACUAAUGGCCCAAAUGACCAAGCGAACUACGAGGCUAUUUACACCGUUGGUCCAAUCCUCAAUAAGGUGAAACCGCGUGUCGCAACGCUCGAGCAGACGUUUGGCCUCGCCACCCACGAGCAACACCAGCGCAACUUUCUGAUGCUACUAAACGACAUUGGUAGGGCCGGUUAUGAUGUACGCUACAAGAUACAGGACUUGAGUCAGUACGGUCUUGUACAGAAGCGAAAACGCUUGCUAAUCAUUGCUGCGAGACGCGGUACACCCUUACCUCCCUUUCCAAAGCCCACACAUGGUCCUCCAGGAAGCGGCCUGAAACCUUUCCUAUACAUUGACGAAGCCCUUACACACGUCACUCGCCAGGGUAGACGCGCUAUGAACGAUCCCUACCACCAACCGAAACUAUACCCUGAGCCUAGGCCGGCCUACAACCCGCGGACAUUCCUCAAGGGAUGCAUCACCACUGGCGGCACAAUUGCAGUUCAUCCUUCAGGUACUCGCCCAUUCACACCUCGUGAAUUGUCUCUAUUCCAGAGCUUUCCAUACAUGUAUCGGUUUACAGGAGCCAAGAGCGAAGCCACGAAGCAGAUCGGAAAUGCUUUUCCUCCCAUCAUGGCACAAGCCAUGUAUCAGACCAUAGCCAAGACCUUGGAAGCCUUCGAUAACGGCCUCAUCGGAGCGGAAGAUGAUCUUUCUGAUUUGGACGCCCUGCUUGAGCAAACGGGUAGAAAUGCUCCGCGACAGCGACGCGACUCUAGAUCUGGACUCGGCGGCAUCUCUGGAAGUAUCAACAUGCCUCACAGGCCCGCUCAGAAUGCCGAAACUAGAACAGCGAGGGGUAGUAGGCGACGCCGCGAAUCUAGUAUUCCAGAUCAAGACGGCGAGGUCAUCUACAUACCUAGUGACAGUGAAUAA